UGAGCAGUAACCUCAAAGGAGCAGCAGCCAUGGCGAGAAUAAAGGUUCAUGAGUUGAGGAAUAAGUCGAAGACAGACCUUUUGGCUCGGUUGAAGGAUCUGAAGGUGGAGCUUGCACUUCUCCAUGUUGCAAAGGUCACCGGUGGUGCUCCUAACAAUCUAUCCAAAAUCAAGGUGGUAAGGUUGUCAAUUGCACAGGUUUUGGACUGUCACCUUACAGAAGCAAAAGUUAGCUCUCAGAGAAGUUUACAAGAACAAAAAGCACUUGCAUCUUAUGAAAAAUUUGACCAGAUUUGAUUGUGGGAUGGCCAGAUCUGGUUAUGCAGUGGCUUAGGUUGUUGUUACUCUGAAGGAGGAAAUAAAAAUAGUGAUAGUGUGCCACGAAGAUGAAGACGGGUGAGGGGAAAAGUUGCACAAGUGAGAUUCUUUGAUGAAAUCUUGAGACUCUCUAUUGAUUUUAGAGUUUUGGGGGAUAAAAAUUUGCAGAGGUGAGAGGUUUGCUUCAAUCCAUGUAUGGAAGUGUAACGAGCAGGUUCGUCCGUUUAUACACAAUUCUCGAAUUCUUGAUGUUUACAGCAACAAA